GUCGAAACCGGAUUCUAUUUCGCGUUUUUUUUCCGCUUGUGUGCCGCCCUUACGAUCACUCCCUUACCUUCUAUUAUCACCGACAAGUGUCCAGGCAACGUGCCCAGUCGAUUUUCCACGAAGCUAGACCGGGAUCGAUCGUGUAAUAUACACAAGUUACAAGAACGAUCUCGCACAUAUGAUUUUCCAUUUACACACGGAGAUUAAUUGCUUUUCGUUUCAACGUUUGCCGCUCAGAUAUGAUGUGUCGCGGAUGCAAGAACAAGUAACGUUCGUUGCUCGAUCUAUUUGACUGUACGUCGCGAGAUCAGAAAAUUCACCUUCGAUCCUUCGAACCGGCACUCGAAGACGCAGUGACAAACUGAGCAAACCGAUCGUAUCAUUUACAACGUAGCAGUUUAGGUGCUUAAUGGUUGCUUUGACAGUGUUCGAAUAUUUUUCGGAGCAGUUGGAUUUUCAGGAUGAACAAAACGAACGGUACGGAGGGUGCAAAUCAAGAUAAUAGAACAGAAGUAUACGUGAAUCAUGCUUUGAGCGAAUCCGGGGAUAGUUUGAAUCUAAGUAAUUCGAACAAUUCUCAUAAUCUGCAUAAUUCAUAUGGGAGCCAUCAAGGGAUACAAGGCUCUUCUGACUUCAUUCUGGUGGAGGAACCUAGUGAUUAUGGGAUCCAGCACAAGGACAGUUUUGUAAAUUCAAUGUUACACUAUGCCAGACGACGUUGCAGGUCGAUUUGCACAAAGAAAACAAUUCUCAAGAGGAUACCAAUUUUAAAUUGGUUACCGAGGUAUAAUGGUCAAGAUGCAAUUGGCGAUCUCGUUGCCGGUGUUACCGUAGGUCUUACAGUUAUCCCGCAGUCGUUAGCCUAUGCUAAUGUAGCUGAUUUACCACCUCAAUAUGGACUAUAUGGUAGCUUUUUGGGCUGCUUUCUUUAUAUCAUAUUUGGAUCUUGUAAAGACAUACCAAUGGGACCCAGUGCCAUCACUUCUCUGAUCACAUAUCAAACAAUUUCACAUUUAAAUGCACCACUGAAACAUGCAAUACUUCUUUCUUUCUUGGCUGGAGUAAUAGAACUAGUAAUGGGCAUAUUUGGUCUUGGAUUUUUAAUUGAUUUUGUGUCUGGACCAGUCAGCUCUGGGUUUACAUCAGCAGUAGCAUUGGUGAUUGUCACUUCGCAGAUAAAAGAUAUACUUGGUAUACCUGCAAAAGGAUCGCAAUUUCUUGAAAUGUGGAAAAGUAUUGUCGAACGUGUGCACGAGACUUCAGCCUGGGAUGCUGCACUUGGAGCAUCUUGCAUAGCACUUCUUUUAUUUCUCAGGCUCCUAUCAACAUACAGUAUAGGUCCGAAAGAUGUCGAAUUACAAAGUAAAAGAUAUCGCGUUAUAAAUAAACUAAUUUGGUUAAUUGGUACGUCACGAAAUGCACUUUUAGUGAUAUUAUGUGGCUUUUUGGGAUAUACUUUUAAGGAAGGAUCUCCCUUCAAAGUGGUUGGAUAUAUACCGGAAGGUAUGCCAAGUGUACAGUUACCGCCAUUCGGUUAUACCAAAGAUGAUAAUACAACAGUGACAUUUAUUGACAUGGUUUCAAAUUUGGGAAGUGGUAUUCUUGUUUUACCACUUAUUUCACUAAUGGAAGAUAUUGCCAUUUGCAAAGCCUUCUCAACUGGAAAAUCAGUUGAUGCAACACAAGAAUUAAUAGCAAUUGGAAUAUCAAACAUUGGUAAUUCUUUUGUUCAGGCUUUUCCUGGUACAGGAUCUCUCAGUAGAAGCGCUGUAAACAAUGCUUCUGGAGUUAGAACACCAAUGGGAGGCAUUUACACUGGUACUUUAGUAAUAUUAGCCCUUUGUUACCUCACACCAUACUUUAGCUACAUCCCAAGGACAACAUUAGCAGCAAUUAUCAUAGCAGCAGUAAUUUUUUUUACAGAAUCAGACUUAAUACCCGGAUUGGGAACGUUUAUUGCGUGUUUAGUGUUACAAUUAGAAAUUGGUAUUCUGUGUGGUAUCGGAAUAAAUAUUUUAUUCAUUUUAUAUCAUGCAGCGCGGCCAAAAAUAUCUGUAGAAAAGCUUACCACUCGACACGGCAUUCACUAUCUCAUGUUAACUCCAGAUAGAUGCUUAAUAUUUCCAUCGGUAGAUUAUGUUCGAAACUUAGUAACGAAAUACAGUCUACGAGCUGGAAAUGUAGCAACCCCAGUUGUAAUUGAUUGUUCUCAUAUUUAUGGAGCUGAUUUUACUGCAGCUACAGUAAUAGAAACUUUGACAAAAGAUUUUGCAUCGAGAGGUCAACCACUCUUUUUCUACAAUCUAAAGCCCUCAGUAUAUGCCGUAUUUGAGGGUGUUGCAUCAAACGAUUUUGUUGUGUACUAUACUCAGGAGGCGCUGGACGACCUCCUAAAAGACAGAGGAUACUUAAAGCAAAUUAAAUAA